AUGUUUGGAUUAGGAAAAUUACUUUAUGUGGUCGUAUUGGUAAUAAAUGGAAUAGCAGUACUAAGUGAAGACAGAUUUUUGAAUAGAAUUGGUUGGGGUUCAACGACUACAACAAAUAAUGGUAAUGGUAUACAAAAUCAAUUCAAUCAAUUUCAAACUGGUUUAGAUAAUAAUGAAGGUUCUAUAAAGACAAAACUAAUUAAUCUAAUAAGUGCUGUUAGGACUUUAAUGAGGAUACCUUUGAUAGCUGUUAAUAUUGCAAUAAUUUUAUAUGAGAUAAUCUUGGGAUAA